AUGCCUAUCCACAUUACCUUUAUAGGCACCGCCACGGCCGUUAUCGAAAUGAACGGCGUCAACUUUCUUACCGACCCUUUUUUCUCUCCCGCUGGGAGGGUAUGGGACCUGGGCGUUGCUCUCCUCAAGGUCAGCAAUGACCCUGGUCUUCAGAUGAAUCAACUGCCGCCGAUUGACGCUGUUCUCCUGAGCCAUGAGGAUCACCCUGACAACCUGGACGAUUUUGGCCGUCAACUGCUCGAUGGGCGUCGCGUUUUCACGACACAGGACGGUGCCAAGAACCUCGCCCCUCGCCCUGGAGUGGCUGGUAUGUCUCCCUGGGAGACCAAGCCCGUAUACCUCAAUGGCCAGCGGUACGAGAUUACAGCUACUCCGUGCGUGCAUAUGCCAGGUGGCGAAUGUACCGGGUUUGUGAUUACCACGGUUGACUUCGGUGAAAACGGUGGUCUUCCUAACGCUAUUUGGUUUUCGGGAGAUACGGUAUAUAUCGAAGAGCUCCAGGAAAUCAAAAAAAAGUUCCAUAUCAGCGUCGCUAUUAUGAAUAUCGGUGGUGCUAAAGGGCCUAAUGACGUCCCGCUUACUGUUGAUGGCAAGGAUGCCAGCCGAAUCUUUAAAGAGAUUGGGGCUGAUACUUUGGUCCCAAUGCAUUACGAGUCGUGGGGGCAUUUCACUGAGAACGAGGAAGCUUUGCGAAGGGCUUUUGAGCAGUCUGGUAUUGCGGAUCGCAUCUGCUGGCUAGAGCCAGGGAAGAAAACAAAGGUCCUUUGA